AUGAAGCCAAGCAGCAAGAGCCGUAGCGGAUCGACCCCGCAGCAGAGAACCGCAACGGGCAAUGGGCUGAGGCGCUCCGCUCGCCGCGGGAGAGACUUGGCCAAGAAGGACGCUCCCGAGGACGCGGCCGCGGUAGAGGGGCCGUACAUCUGCUGCGAGUGUGGGGAGAGCUUCCUGGACAAGCAGCUCUUUGCCACCCAUCAGAAAGCGCACGCCAGCGAGGAAGCCUGCACUUCCCUGGAGCACGGAGAAAGCUUCAGGCAGAAAUCCAAAACAACCCCUACGAAAGCCCAAGGGCCCUCCCGCUCCAAACCGUCCAAGCGCCCCGACGGGGAGAAGAGCUCUGGUUUCAAGUAUGGCUUUGUCAGGCACCAGGUGAACAACAUGGUGGAGAGACCGUACACCUGCUCCCAGUGCAAGGAGAGCUUCAGCCUGGAAGUGAGCCUUAUCCUGCACCAGAAGCUCCAUACGGGGAAGGGCGACGGGCCGCUGACGUGCACCUACUGCGGGAAGGACUUCCGAGACCUCUCCAAAGCCAUCCGCCAUCAGCGCAUCCACACCGGGGAGAGGCCGUACCAGUGCACCGAGUGCGGGAAGAGCUUCAUCCGGCGGGACCACCUGCUCAAGCACUGGCGGGUCCACACCGGCGAGACCCCCUACCAGUGUCCCGUCUGCGGCAAGCACUUCCGCUACAAAGAGUCUCUCAAUUGUCACCAGAAAAUCCACUCCCGCAACCCCCGGCCCAUGGAGGAUUCGCAGCACAACCUGGAGUCGGCAACUCAAACCGGCCAUUUCUGCGUGAAAAAAGAAACUAAGCAGUAG